GGGCUUCACUGCUCUCAGUGUUGCUGAAGCUGCCGAUGUGGACAGGAGCCGGUUCUGGGGAGGACACUAUAUAAAGAUGGUGAUCCCCAAAUCCCGCUGGCUUCUGCUCACUGUUCUUUUAGUCCCAUUUUUCACUGGUACUUUGGCCAGAAGAGGGCAGGAUGUGCACUGCGGAGCUUGCCGAGCCCUUGUCGAUGAAAUGGAGUGGGAGAUCUCACAAGUGGAUCCUAAGAAGACCAUUCAGAAAGGAUCUUUUAGAAUAAACCCUGAUGGUUCCCAGUCUAUAAUUGAGGUGCCUUAUUCCCGAACUGAAGCUCAUCUUAUGGAGCUUCUGGAGCAUGUUUGUGAAAAUAUGAAGGCUUAUGGCGAGAAGAUAGAGCCAGAUACACGCCGAAAAACCUACGUACGUGUCCUUUCUCGUGACGGCAAAAGAAUGGAUGCAUCCAACACCAACAUUGAAAGAGACGCUAUAUCUGACUUGAAAUUUACAUGUGAACGGAUAGUUGAGGAGUAUGAAGAUGAACUAAUAGAAUUCUUCUCUCGUGAAACCAAUAAUGUAAAAGACAAACUCUGCAGUAAACGAACAGAUUUGUGUGACCACGCUGUGCACAUACCACAUGAUGAACUUUGACCUGCUGCUUCUUCCUUGUAGAUGGUCCAUAAAGCUUCACUAAGGAACAAGGAUAAUCUAAUGUGAAGGGGGGGCUUAGUACAUUUUGUUUCUUAAAUAUUUUUUUUUACAUUAAAAGUAAAAUGAGUAACUUUUGAAUA